AUAUUUCUUCUCUGCGCUUUGAUCAGUUUCGGUCGAGCAAAUCUUCUUCGUAAAUAUCCUUCUGGAUCAUUUGGAAACUCGAGACAUGCCUUCUCGUGCGCACCUCUCGAUUCAGGGUCGUCAACUACUCUCGGACCGGCGAUCGCGUGUACAUUGAAACCAGCAACAUUGAUAGAUAGCAAGAGUGAUAGCGAGCCUACACCAACGAGUGACGUAUCGUUACUUACCUAUGUUAAAGUGUCGGCACCUUUAUUCUACAAAUCUUUACCGAGAACGUCUUCUUUGAUAUAUAUUGCACCACCCAUCGUCAAAUCUGCAUCAGCUAUCGUAGCUACAGAACCAAAAAUAUUGGAAAAAGAUGUUCGAUAUAUGGCAGAUCCCAAAUAUUCCUUUAAUUAUGGUGUGAUCGACGGAUAUACUGGUGACUCUAAAUCAGCAUGGGAAGAACGAGAUGGAGAUACAGUUAAAGGAGAAUAUUCGGUAGUCGAAGCCGAUGGAACUAUUCGUACUGUUUCUUAUACAGCGGAUGAUCAUAAUGGCUUUAACGCGGUUGUGACUAGAAGCGAGCCUCCGAAAGACGCGAAAACUGCAGUUGAAGUAAAAACAUUUAUACCUGCUGCUAUAUUUGCUAACGACAGGCACAAAAUU